UUCUAUUUUCAGUAGAGGAUCAAUGUAAUUUUCACACAAGCUGCUAUUUUAUUACUCAUCCAGACAGAACUGGAUCUGAGGGCGUGUUAAGAUAUAAUUGGAGAGUCCAUAAAGUAACUACGUUCUUUGUAAAUUUUGGGAAAAGAAACAUGUUCGCAAUUCAAAGUGUAGUUAGAAGUGUGCCGAGAUUAUCGGCAUUAUCUAAAACUCAGAAUAGGACAAUGAUGGGUACACCUCCAAGAGUUAGGAUACCUUUUGCUGAGAAAGUAAUACUUGGUAUUGUACUUUAUGUGGGACUGAUGGGAGUUCCACUGUACAUCUCAUGUAAUAUAAAUAAAUAUAAUGAAGGUAAAGGUCAAUAAACAAGUUUAUCAGAUCCAACAAAUAAUAUUGUAGUACAAUGUAAAUCUUUAACUUAAAUUGAACUAAUCAAAUUGAAUAAAGUACUUUCUAAUAAAUUUCA